AUGCCCACCCCGAGCAUCGCGUCCUCGUCCUCCACAGCCUCCGCAGCCUCCUUCCCCUUGGAACCACCCGUCAUUCUCCCCGAAGACGAUGAGGACACGAGUCGGCCCUCUUGCAGUCGCGCGUUCUUGAACAGCACCCCCGCACGAGACAGCACGAUAGAGGUGCACACGCUGCAGCACGAGUACCAGCUGCACGUACGCCUGCCGGGCUUCACCUGGGACGGGAUCACGCUCGCGACAAAGCGGAGGCGGGUCCUGCACGUCGUGGCGGACCGAUGGGACAACGGUGGGGGACACUUUGAACGUCGCGUCGCCUUCGGUGUCGAUGCGGACCUGAGUCAAGUAAAAGCCGAAUUCCACAGUGAUCUGCUACGGAUUACAGUCCCCCGGCGGCUGUCACCGGUUGUCGCUCUGCAGCCAGCGCGUUAUGCACCUAUAGGACGGUCGUCCUGA